AUGCCGUCGGUUUCGAAAGCCGCGGCGGCGGCGCUGAGCGGGUCCCCCCCGCAGACGGAGAAGCCGACCCACUACAGGUAUCUAAAGGAGUUUAGGACAGAGCAGUGCGCCCUGUUUGUGCAGCACAAGUGCACCCAGCACAGGCCAUUCACCUGUUUCCAUUGGCAUUUCCUAAAUCAGCGUCGGCGCAGACCGCUCCGCAGGCGCGACGGCACGUUCAACUACAGCCCGGACGUGUACUGCUCCAAGUACGACGAGUCCAGUGGCGAGUGCCCCGACGGCGACGAGUGUCCGUAUCUGCACCGGACGACCGGGGACACGGAGCGCAAGUACCACCUGCGCUACUACAAGACGGGCACGUGCAUCCACGAGACGGACGCCCGGGGCCACUGCGUCAAGAACGGGCCGCACUGCGCCUUUGCGCACGGUCCCUUGGACCUGCGGCCACCCGUGUGUGACAUCAGGGAGCUGCAGGCCCAGGAAGCCCUGCAGAACGGCCAGCUCGGCGCUGGGGAUGGCAUCCCCGAUCUGCAGCCCGGGGUCUUGGCCAGCCAGGCCAUGAUUGAGAAGAUCCUGGGAGAGGACCCCCGAUGGCAAGACACCAACUUUGUGUUGGGCAGCUACAAGACCGAGCAGUGCCCGAAGCCGCCGCGCCUGUGCCGCCAGGGCUACGCGUGUCCGCACUUCCACAACAGCAGGGACAGACGGCGGAACCCCAGGAGGUUCCAGUACAGGUCCACUCCGUGCCCCAGCGUGAAGCAUGGUGACGAGUGGGGCGAGCCCUCGCGGUGCGAGAGUGGGGACGGCUGUCAGUACUGCCAUUCCCGCACGGAGCAGCAGUUCCACCCCGAGAUCUACAAAUCUACAAAAUGCAACGACAUGCGCCAAACCGGUUACUGCCCAAGGGGUCCUUUCUGUGCCUUUGCACAUGUGGAAAAGAGCCUGGGAAUGGCCAACGACUGGGGCUGCCGAGACCUCGCCUCCGCCAGCAGCUCCGCAACCAGUAGCAGCCAGGCCGGGAACGCAAAGCGGAGAGAUUCCCCUGCUGACGGCGGCCAGAAAGCCAGCGAGCAGGACAGUAAGCAGACCCACCUCGCGGUGUUUGCCAUGGUCCACCCGCUCGCUCCCAGCGUGAGCUCCAGUGUGGCGUCCAGCCUGGCGUCCAGCGCUGGCUCAGGCGGCUCCUCCCCCACCGCCCUGCCCGCCCUCUCGGCCCGAGCCCACCCACUCGACCCCACUGGCAGCGCCAUCGAGCCAGUCCCAGGCUCAGCUUUAGACCUGCAUCUCAGUGAUGUAAGUCUCGCGUCUCUGGACAGAGAGCUGGAAGAGCAGGACGGCGGUGACCCCGGGCCCCCAGGUCGGAGGUCUCCGGGAGGCUCGGCGCCUGUCAGCAUCCCGGGCUGCCUGCCCCGCUCCCCGUCCCUGCACUCCUCGUCAUCACUGUCCACCUCCCCGCUCAGCUCGCUCUCCCAGUCCCUGUCGGGGCCACUCGUCUCCUCAGCCAUGACGCCCCCCCAGCAGCCGCCGCCCCUCACAUCGGAGCCCGGAACGCUGGGCCCUUCGGCCUACAACUCCUUAGGUUUGAACGGUGUCCCCGGAAACAUCUGGGACUUUGUUUCCGGCAGCUUCUCUCCCAGCCCGUCCCCCAUCCUGAACACAGGCCCUGCGUCCUCUUCAAGCACGAGUCCGAGCAGCGCCGAGCUGGCACGUGUCCGGCGGCAGCUGGACGAGGCCAAGCGGAAGAUCAGGCAGUGGGAGGAGUCCUGGCAGCAGGUGAAGCAGGCCUGCGACGCGUGGCAGCGGGAGGCAAAGGCGGCGAAGGAGCGUGCACUCGCGGCCGACAGCGCCCGGCAGCUGGCGCUGCAGAAGAAGGAGGAGGUGGAGGCCCAGUUCAGGCAGCUGCGGGAGGAGCUGGAGGGCCGGGGCGCGUCCUCCUCACUCCCCGGGCUGCGGAGCUGCGGCGACAUUGGUGCCAUUCCUCUGCCCAAGCUGCAUUCCCUGCAGAGUCAGCUGCGCCUGGAUUUGGAAGCAGUGGACGGGGUGAUCUUCCAGCUCCGGGCCCAGCAGUGCGUGGUGUGCGGGGAGCGGGCCCGCGGCGCUGUCCUGCGGCCCUGCCAGCACCGCGUGCUCUGUGAGCCGUGCGCAGCCAGCGCACCUGAGUGCCCCUACUGCGAGGGCCAGCCCCUCCCAUGGUGACAGCGCCACAUCUUCGCUCAUUUCCUGGUGCCACCAACAGGGGGGCCCGGGCCCUGAGCAGCCUGCCCAUGGUUUCAUGGUAUUCUCGUCCCAAACCUUAAAGGCAAACCCACAGAACCUUCUGGGGCCCGGCGUCCUGGGCCUGGUCGUCAUGCGGGGUUUGCGGUCCUGACACUACUGUGACCAGAUCCCUGGGAGUUCGGGUCCCCAAACAGCACUUUGUAAACCAAGGAACUUAGAUAGAUGUGAUGAGUUGCUAUAAGCUGCUUUCUAGGUUCAUGUUUUUUUUAAUAUGCGAUAAUAUGAAGCUUUAUAUGUGUACUGUGAACUUAAAAUAUUUCAUAUCAGUUUAUUGUUAAUUCAUAGUAUGGUAAAUACAUUAGAUUUCAUAUUCUGAAGUAGUACUUAUGCAAUGAGCAUUUAUCUAGUAGUAAGAAAUGCCUAGGAUUUUUACAGUUUUCAAAUUAAGUGCAAAUAGUAUUUAUAGCAGAAUGAUUACUGAAAGACACAUAUACAUUUAGAUGUUUUUAAUUUUAGGAAAGGAACUCUUCCUAAACAUGUGCAUGCGCACAUUAACUGGAGUUUUAUAUUCCACCAUUGUAAAGUGACGCUGAGUGCUCAAUCACACGUCACAUGACCCUUGGCCACUUUGUCUAAGUGCCUGUGCCUUGCCGAAGUGAAGGAAACGGUUCAUUGUGUUUUAUUUCCUCCCUUGAAACUCUGUAAGAAUUGGGUCCUAGUGAAAAGUGCAGCAGAGGGGCCCCGACUGUGGGGGUCCUCUACAUUACUUCUGUAGAGCCGUGUCCUAGCAUCUGGAAUGGGCAGCUAUGCUCUCCACCUUCUCAGAGCUGACUGGUGGGCCUCCUGGCUCCCCCAUGGGUGAUGUCACUCCCCACACCUGGGACCAUAGGGACUCCCACCACCUGGGACUGGCUCGCCAAGCUGUGGGGUGGUCUAGACUCCAGGCAACACUUCCAGCUGACACUGUCACCUGGUCUGUGCGUCCAGCUGUCAUCAGUCAUUCCCGUGACCACAGGUUGCUCUGCGGGGGGGGAGGCUGCCCCAGGGACCGGGCUCUGCCGCAGGUCCCUCCACCCUGAGUGGCAGCCUGGCUUCAGGGUGCAGCAGAAAUGCUGCUGAGAGAGGGUCUGAUUUUAGUGAUAACUUGAAAUCUUCUCGGGUCUGCAUUGGUCAUUUUUCCUAGAAAUCUGGGAAGAAGUAAAAGACGUCUGUAGUUGACUUAAACUUUGCUCUCCGAGAAGCAGAUGUGGAUUGCUGUAAGAAAACCUUUCCAGACUCUGCCAUUGGAAGUAAACACGCAUUUCUCCCCACUUGUGGCUUUGCCAAAGACUUUUAAUAGCGUUUUUUAAAGUGGAAAAUGACUAAGUAAAAAUUUUUAUCAGUGACCAAAUUAGAAUGUAUUCACUAUAGUAAGAGGUUUAAAACAUUUUUUAACGUCAGACAAACUGAUAGAACAGUUCUGUCAUUUCAAGGUGGAUCCAUGACAUUCCGCAGCUAGUCUGCUACUAACGGUAAUUACCGACCUGGUUUUAGCAAAUCUACUUUGUUUCUAAUUCUAGUGAUUUAUUAGCUCUUAGAAAUUACGUAUAUUUUGUGCUACUGUUAUCACUGUUUAAAAUCCCUUAUUUUUAUUAAUAUUUAUGCACUUGUUUCCCA